UAUGUUAACUUAUUUUCGCAGAUGUUAACUUAUAUUCACAGCUUUUAUUUCCGUCCUUUCAGUGGAUUUCUUCUUUUUGAGUGUAUGGUGUGAUUCUCAAAAUGUUUCUUGUUCUAAUGGAGCUUUUAAAUCAGAAAGGUGUUUGGGUUCAGUGUUUGCGGAGAGGGUUACAUUACAGAACCAGAAAGGUGGCGGGAUAUACAGCAUUUCUGUCCCCUGAUGUGAUUUCAAAAUUACAUCCCUGGUUUUAGUGCUGCUACACAUUUUGUGAGUUGUGUGUCUUUAAAGUAUUUUUUCUAUACAAAGAACUUUGUUGGUAAUAUAUAUCUGAUUAAAGGGACAUAUUCAUGGUUUGGCAAAAUGACAAUUUCAAAAAAAAUACAUGGAUUUUGACAUAAAUUUAAUUACUAAAUAUAAACUAGCGAAAUCACACUUCUGAAUUAAAAAAUGUUUAAAAUAUAAAUUCUUAAAUGGAUAAUCAAUAACUGGAAUUAAAAAAAACUGUAAUGCUUUUCAUUACCAACAUAGUGUUAAACUAACUCAGGCCCUAAAAUGCAUGGGUGUUGUUGUGGUAGAGAGCUAUAUGUUGCUUUGAGAGGUCCCAGGAUCGAUCUCAAGGGAUGGCACUUGUUAAUUGUUGUACACUAUCCCAAAUGUAACAGUUUGUAGGUGAAUGAAUUUAAUAUCAUUGGUCAAAAAUACAAAAAUCUGUUUACAAGUCCAUUUAAAACAAUGACCUUGAUAUUUGAUUGUAUAAUUAUAUUAAUUGUAUGCUUAAUCAAUUAGUGUGUUUGUAUUUAUUGUAUGUAAAUUCUUCUAGAUUAAAUAUAUAGUUAAUUACUUGUAAUUAUUCACACAAAGUUUUUUUAAGGUUGCUUCAUUUUUAUAAAGUCAAAUAUAUCAACGAUUUUUGACGAUCUUGUUUGUAUUGUUUUGAACAGUGGAAGAGAUUUGUUUCUAGUGUAGUUGUUAUUUUUUCCAUAUAUUAGGUAGUAGAAUUACGUGAAAUAUAAUACGUCUUGUAACUUUUAUCUUAUUGUUCUUCAUCGUAUAGAGUUUAUAUUAGAUAUGGGUCGUGCUUUGUGGAAAAAGGGGUUUAAUGCACAGGCUAAUCAGGGACGACACUGUGCGCUUGUAUGAUAUUUUUCGUUCAAGAGUGUCUCUUCUUAGCAAAAAUCGAAUAAAGGCGGAAAAUUGGGUUCGGGGUUAGCCUGUGCAGAAUGUUCAGGCUAAUCAGGGACGACACUUUACACACAUGCAUUAAACCCCCUUGUCACAGGCUAAUCAGGGACGACACUUUACACACAUGCAUUAAACCCCCUUGUCACAGGCUAAUCAGGGACGACACCUUACACACAUGCAUUAAACCCCCUUGUCACAGGCUAAUCAGGGACGACACUUUACACACAUGCAUUAAACCCCCUUGUCACAGGCUAAUCAGGGACGACACCUUACACACAUGCAUUAAACCCCCUUGUCACAGGCUAAUCAGGGACGACACUUUACACACAUGCAUUAAACCCCCUUGUCACAGGCUAAUCUGGGACGACACUUUACACACAUGCAUUAAACCCCCUUGUCACAGGCUAAUCUGGGACGACACUUUACACACAUGCAUUAAACCCCCUUGUCACAGGCUAAUCAGGGACGACACCUUACACACAUGCAUUAAACCCCCUUGUCACAGGCUAAUCUGGGACGACACUUUACACACAUGCAUUAAACCCCCUUGUCACAGGCUAAUCAGGGACGACACCUUACACACAUGCAUUAAACCCCCUUGUCACAGGCUAAUCUGGGACGACACCUUACACACAUGCAUUAAACCCCCUUGUCACAGGCUAAUCAGGGACUACACCUUACACACAUGCAUUAAACCCCCUUGUCACAGGCUAAUCAGGGACGACACUUUACACACAUGCAUUAAACCCCCUUGUCACAGGCUAAUCUGGGACGACACCUUACACACAUGCAUUAAACCCCCUUGUCACAGGCUAAUCAGGGACUACACCUUACACACAUGCAUUAAAUCCCCUUGUCACAGGCUAAUCAGGGACGACACCUUACACACAUGCAUUAAACCCCCUUGUCACAGGCUAAUCAGGGACGACACCUUACACACAUGCAUUAAACCCCCUUGUCACAGGCUAAUCAGGGACGACACUUUACGCACAUGCAUUAAACCCCCUUGUCACAGGCUAAUCUGGGACGACACCUUACACACAUGCAUUAAACCCCCUUGUCACAGAGCAUGGUCCAUGUUUUUUUCCCACAUAAUAAGAGGUCCGCGCUUUGUCAUUUUGUGAAAUAGUGGAUUGAAAAAAAGAUGUUAUUUUUUAUCAAUAUUAUUUACUGUAUGAUAUAAAUUGUUGUCAAAUAAAUUAAAAACCGCCCUGCAUUUACAACGAACCGUUUGACUUCCUUAUAAUGCAGUAUAAUACAGUUUGUCUUCCUUAUAAUGCAGUAUACUCUUUAUUUAACGCCUAUGUUGACAUUUUGUUUUAAGUGAACAUCAAAAAAUGUAUUGUACUAUUCAAAGUAGGGAUGGGACCGACUAUUCGAAAAUCGGCUGAAUAUUCGAAUCCAAAGGUCAUAUUCGAAUAUUCUAUUUUUAUGCAAAGAUACAAAGACAAGACAUUAUAUAUAGAUUUUAUGUGUGGUAUUAUCAAUCAUUUCUUAUGCUUUAUUUUCUUAAUGCGCAAAAUCUUAUUUCACUACACUUGAUUUGUGUAUGUGGACUUUACUGUAUCGUGUAUUGUUAAAGAUAAUUAAGUAUUUGUUCACUUAGACCUAAUUUUGGCUAAUUAUAUGAAAGGUGUGUAAUAAAUUAAUUCAUGUGAAAUUG